AUGGCUACAGAAACAGUCACCGCAACGACGGAACUCCGUCUCGCAUCGCCCAGCGGCAUCGUCACACGAAAGAUUCUUCGCACUCCCCUCCGCGACGCCCUGCCGUCCGAAAUCCCCAUCAUCGACAUCUCGCCGAUAUUCAGCUCGUCGCUCGAAGAGAGGCAGGCCGUAGCCCAGCAAGUUCGUGCCGCCGCGCAGAACAUGGGCUUCUUUUACAUCAAGAACCACGGCAUCCCCGAAGACGCGAUACAGGACGUGUACGAGGCUGGGUUGGAGUUUUUUAGACAAGAUUUAGAAACGAAGAUGAGGGCGGAUUCGAGCGGGACGAGGUGGGAUAAGGGAUAUCAGGGGCCGAAUACGCAGCGGCUGAAUCCGGUUGAGAGUGUCGAUUUGCGGGAGUCGUUUUCGUAUCAGUAUGAUCCACGGUAUGAUGAUACUGUUGGGGAGGAUGGGAUAGGGAAUAUUCCGGAGGAGGCGAGGGAGUAUUUGGCUUGGGAGGAUGAUUAUCCGUGGGAGCAGACGAGGAAUUUGCCGAGGUUGAAGGAGAGCAUGAUGAGGCAUAUGGGGGAGUGUUUGAGGUUGGCGAGGGCGCUGACGAGAUGUUUUGCGUUGUCGUUGGGGUUGGAGGAGGGAUUGUUUGAUGAGAAGGUGAGGUAUCCGGAAAAAGAUGUAGGGAAGAAUGAGGAGGAGGAGGAUAAGAAGGUGUCGAUUGGAUCGCAUACGGACUUUCAGCUAUUUACGAUUCUAUGGCAGGAUUUACAUGGUGGGCUUGAGGUUCUCAACAAGGAGGGCCAAUGGCUCCGCGCGAAGCCGAUAGAGGGCACGCUGGUUGUGAAUCUGGGGGACUGCAUGCAAAGAAUUACGAAUGAUGAGUAUACGAGCACGGUUCAUAGAGCGAGGAAUUACAGUGGCAAGGAGAGGGUGAGCAUUCCCGUGUUUUGGGGGUUUGGACUGCAUGAGACGUGUAGUGUUGUUGUUGGAGGGGAGAAGAAGAAGUAUGAGGAUGUCAAGUGUGCGGAUUGGAUUAUGAUGCGGAUUCGGGGGAUGAAGCAGCUGGAGUGA